AUGAGGAGCAGGAGCAACUCGGGGGUCCGACUGGAUGGCUACGCCCGCCUGGUGCAGCAGACCAUCCUGUGUCACCAGAAUCCUGUGACUGGCUUACUUCCAGCCAGCUGUGAUCAGAAAGAUGCUUGGGUCCGGGAUAACGUCUACAGCAUACUGGCCGUGUGGGGCCUGGGCCUGGCUUACCGCAAGAAUGCAGACCGUGAUGAGGACAAGGCCAAGGCCUAUGAAUUGGAGCAGAGUGUCGUGAAGCUGAUGAGGGGGCUACUGCACUGUAUGAUCAGACAGGUGGACAAAGUGGAGUCCUUCAAAUACAGUCAGAGCACCAAGGAUAGUCUCCAUGCCAAGUACAACACCAACACCUGUGCUACCGUAGUGGGAGAUGAUCAGUGGGGCCACUUGCAGUUGGAUGCCACCUCUGUUUUCCUACUGUUCCUGGCCCAGAUGACGGCCUCAGGGCUCCACAUCAUCCACAGCCUGGACGAGGUCAAUUUCAUACAGAAUCUCGUGUUUUAUAUUGAAUCUGCUUAUAAAACAGCUGACUUUGGCAUAUGGGAACGUGGUGAUAAGACCAACCAAGGCAUCUCUGAGCUGAACGCAAGUUCUGUUGGAAUGGCAAAGGCAGCCCUGGAAGCUUUGGAUGAGCUGGACCUGUUUGGUGUGAAGGGUGGGCCCCAGUCUGUAAUCCACGUUUUGUCAGAUGAGGUGCAACACUGCCAGUCUAUCCUGCAUUCCAUGCUGCCCCGGGCUUCAAUGUCCAAAGAAGUGGAUGCCAGUGUCCUGUCAGUGAUUUCCUUCCCAGCAUUUGCUGUAGAGGACAGCCGUUUGGUGGAGAUUACAAAGCAGGAAAUAAUCACUAAGCUUCAGGGUCGUUAUGGCUGCUGUCGCUUUCUCCGAGAUGGGUACAAAACUCCCAAAGAGGAUCCUAAUCGGCUAUACUAUGAGCCGGCUGAGCUGAAGCUCUUUGAGAAUAUUGAGUGCGAAUGGCCUUUGUUCUGGACCUACUUCAUCCUGGAUGGUGUCUUCAGUGGCAACAUGGAACAGGUGGAAUUACGGCGGCUGUCCAUUUCAAUUGAAAGUCAGCCCAAUGGUGGCCAUCCACUGAGUACUGAGCUGAUGUCCCCGCCUUUUCUGUCACCUGGCCCUUCAUUAAGCCCAAGCAGAGGCUCCUUCAUGGGAGCCUAUGGAGAGCAGGCCGGGAAGGACACUCGCCAGGGUCAGUGGCAGCGCCGGCGCCGGCUUGAUGGAGCACUGAACAGAGUCCCCAUUGGAUUUUAUCAGAAAGUGUGGAAGGUUCUGCAGAAGUGCCACGGCCUGUCUGUGGAAGGCUUUGUUCUCCCUUCUUCAACAACCAGAGAGAUGACACCAGGGGAGAUCAAGUUCUCUGUUCACGUGGAGUCUGUCCUCAACCGUGUUCCUCAGCCAGAAUACCGCCAGCUCCUGGUGGAAGCCAUCCUCGUCUUGGCCAUGCUGGCCGAUAUCGAAAUCCAGAGCAUUGGCAGCAUCAUUGCCGUGGAGAAGGUCGUGCACAUCGCCAACGAGCUGUUCCUGCAGGAGCAGAAAGCCCUUGGGGCAGAUGAUGCCAUGCUGACAAAGGAUCCUUCCUCUGGCAUCUGUACCCUCCUGUACGACAGCGCACCCAGUGGCAGGUUUGGCACCAUGACCUACCUCUCCAAAGCUGCAGCUACCUACGUCCAAGAGUUUCUGCCUCACAGUGUCUGCGCUAUGCAGUGAGGACGUGUCGGGGAGCCCUUGCCAUGGACAUGUGGGUGGGCAGGUGGCCUGCCAUGCUGGGAACUGGCCCAGAAUCGAGCACUCCUUCCCUCUCUUCCCUGUUCUCCUUAGUUUGGAAGGGGAGCAAAGCCACCUUCUACAAUAGUUGCCUGUUGCCUGGGCAGAAGCAAACUUUCUCUAGAGGCUGGUGUUUCUGGAGGGAUGUUCCCGACUCCAGUUUUCAUCCUAAUGGAUUCCUCCCUUCCAGGGCUGCUGUGUUGUGGGGUGGGGUGGGUGGGGGUGCUUUGACUGAGUUACUUUGAAAGCUUUGAAGAGGGUGGGGGUGGAAUCCAAGCCUUGUCUCCUAACUUCCCCCUGGUCUGCCUGGGUGCCACGUGCCGGCUAGACAAAAGGCCAUCCAUCUUCCCACUCUUCCCCGGCUCCUUGUCCAUCCACACUUUCCUCACACUCCAUGGGCAUUUCAAAGGAGGCUUUGCUAGCUUGCUUGUCCUGGACCCCAAGGGGAUAGGUGAGUCAAGGGACAGACUUGGGCCUUCUUCCCAAAGGAGGGUUCUGGCCCUCCUUGCUCCAUCUCACUUCCCCCACAGGCACUUGGAGCAUGGGGGUGCAUGGGUGCCGGCUUGGGGCCAGCUCUCCCUGUAUUUGUGUGUGCCUUUGGGAGGGCUCCAGCCCAGCAGGCUUUCUCACAGAGGGUGAGGUCCCAAGUCCCUCUCGAACCCCUCUGGAGAAGGGGAAGACCACGACCUGAGCUCCCGCAGCUCCCAGCAGUCACUGCCUCUUCCCCUCCCCCUGCCAGCAAUCAGUCAGGGCUUUGAAAACACCUUGGAGCCAGUAAGAAUCUUCUUAGCUCCAGAAGGACGGACGUGCAGGCAAUGUCAGGGGAUCCAGGGCCGAGAGCUGGGUGGGCAGAUGGGGUUGCUCUAGGGGCGAGUUUGGGGCAUUCUAGCUUGGAGCUCGCAGCCCUGACUGCCAGUGGGCGGGCACACACAGCGUGGCCCGUCAGUGCCCGGCAUCCCCCAGCUCUAGGACUCCCCAGGUCUCCCCACGCAGUGGCGGCUCACUGACUGCUAGAAAGUGGACUCGUUGGAUGUGUGUUUGGAAAGCUGACAAUAAAAGGAAAGCCUGUCUGUCCGA